AUGAAGUUCACCACCCUCGCCACCGCCGCCCUCCUCGCACUCGCCGGCACCACCGACGCGUGGCGCGUGUACCUGCACGACCACUCCGACCUCGGCGGCAGCAGCUACACGGCAUCGGGCCCCGGCAACCCGGGCAGCGCGUGCCACAUCAUCCCCAAGGAACACCGGUACCGGGCAGCCUCCAUCACCUACUACGCCUACGACCGGCAGACCAACCCCAGCACGCGCUGCAAGCUCCAGCUGUUUGAGGGCUUCGACUGCGAUGGCAUGAACGGGCCGUAUUUUAGUGUUGAUACCAAGAAGGCGCUGCGCGAGGAUUGGCGGGAUCGCGCGUCGUGCUUUAAGACGACAUGCUGGCGGGUUUAG